ACAACAAGCAACACAUCCAGUCAAAACAGAACUCGUUACAACCGAAAACAUGUUUAGUCCACUUGAAGAUCAGGAAAACCUGCCUGUUGGGGUGGCGGCCUUGGUUACUCCUGCCAGACGACCGCUUAAGAGUGUUUUUGACAGUCGUGUGAACCAUGGUACCCCAACCAGACAGCAACGUUCAGAUCUGUCUAAAAAGUUUCUUUUUAAACAUAAACAGAAAUCAAAGAGGCGCAGUGCCCCUGUGCAUAACUUGUAUCAGUUGAUACCUGCACUGGUCAAGUCAAGAAUACUAACAGCUUCUCCAGUUCAAGAGCAAAGUCCAAUAGGGAAGGAGAUAAGCGGUUGUAAUAUGUUGUCUUUGAGUGAUAAAGGAAAAGAAUCUUUGGCUGAGAAAGUUGUUGGAGAAAUCAUAAAAGAAGUAGAUAAGAGUGAAUCCAAAGUGAAAGAGGAAUCCAUGCCAAGGAAGAUGGAUUCAAAUGAGCUAAUUAUUCUGCAGAUGAAUAAAGAAAGAUUGAGGCUUGAGAAACAAUUGUCCCAAUUGAUGAAGGAGCAGUCAAGAACAAAGAAAGUACCCAAUGGUACUUCUAAUUCCAAUGCAACAAAUACCAAUGGAUUGGAAAGGGAAUUAGCAAGGAAAACAAAGGAACUUUUUGAAUUGAAACAGCAAUUUGAUCAGUUACAAGAAAUGUUGUUGGAAGUUCCUGAAUUGAAAAAAGACUUACAUAAAAGUAAGCAAGAAACCAAGGGACUUGGUGAAGUACUUUUUGCAAGUCGGAAAAAGACUGUCCAACUAGAAGAUCUCGUUAAGAAACUAAACAAACAAAUCAAAGACAAGGAAAAGCUGAGUGAACACUGCAUGCAACUUCAAAAUAGUUUGGAGAGUAUAACACAAGAAAGGGAUCAAAAUGGCACUGAAGUGGAGAGACUUAGGAAGGACUUAGAGCACAAGGAAAGUGAAGUCCAAAGAAAUAGAGAUCACUGCAUUACAUUGAAAGAACUUGUAGAUAGGCUUGAGAAUGCUUCUUCAGAUGCAGAGCACUAUGUGGCCUCCAGUAAGGAAAAUGAAACAAUACUGCAAUAUCAGAUAGAUGAACUUAGUUUAUCUUUGGAGUCAAAUUUGCUUGCUUUAGAGGAGGGAAAGAAACUCAUUAUGGAGAGAGAAGAUGAGCUGAAAAAAUCAAGAGAAAGUGAAAAGGAACUACGAGACCAGUAUGAGAAGCAAAGUGGACAAUUGAAUCAUUUGACAGCAGAAAUUGACACAGCCAAAAUGGAAAUCUCAAGGCAGAAGGAUGUUAUAAUCAGACAACAAAGGGAGAUGGAAGAUCUGAGAGUAAAACUUGCAAAUUCCAUGGAGCAAAUAGAGUACAUACAGCUGCAACAACAAGAGAUGAAUGAAUUCACGGAAGACGAACGAAGAAAUCUAGAAGUUACAGUGUGUGAAAUGGAAAACGAGUUGAAGCUGACCAAACAAGAAAGAACACAAAUAAAUGCUUCUUUGAGGCGGAAGUCUGAGAAGUAUGAUGAACUUGUUCAAGAGGUGAAACAAUCUAGGGAUCUGUUGCAAGAUAAGCAGGAGGAAUUGGAUGCCACGCAGUCCCAGGCUCACUGGAUUGUCUUACAGCAAGAAGCAAUGAUAACAGACACCACAAAAGAGCUGAGCGAAAUCUGGGAUCUUGUUAAUGAUCUGCUCGUGGAAUUCAACAAGGAAGCGUUUGCGAUACAGGUCGACGAUGACGAGAAGGCAAAACUGGAUGAGCUUACGUCAAGUACCCCAGAAUAUGACCCAAGCAAGAAGUACUCAGUGCCUCCGAAUAAGUCUCUUGUGCAGAGUAUUUUAGAAGCAACAGCAGUGAGGGAUAGAAACCUGGAAUUUAAAACGCCAGAGAAACGUUGUCACAAGUUAAGCCCCAUUCCUGAAGUAAUCGAGGAAGAUCAAGACUGUUCUCAAAUUUCUGAAGAAGAAGAGAAACUACCUUCACUCACAGCGCAAGCGGUGGAACUUAAAGAAGCAUUAAUAGGAUUGACGGAGAUAUGUAGAAAAAACAUCUUCACGGUUCAGACGCAAAAUAGUGUUGGUAGAUUGUUACAAGAGAGGAUUUUAUUAGAGAAAGAAUACAGGUCUUCUCUUGAUGAAGUCACGAUGCAGCUUGAGGAAUCAAGAAAAUCCGAAACAAAUCUGGGUCGAGAAAUCUCAAAAAAGAACAACCAGAUAACUACACUGCAACAGCAACUCGAGGAAAGCAGAAAUGAUUUACACCAUUCAUUUCAAAAGAUUGAAUCGCUCAGCGAGCAGUAUGAAAAGACCAUAGACCAACAGGCCAAAAUAACGGAGCUGGCCAACGAUGUACGGCGUUUCUCCGAGCAAGUGAAAACCCUCCAAAACGAGAAAGAAAGUCUGUCGCAACAACUGAAAGAAAGCCUUGAUACAUUGAACCAACUGUCACACGUGCCAUCAAAAGAACCCGACCUUCACAAAUCCCAAGACGUCCUUGGGAAACUAUUAGCAGAAAAAUUCAACUUAGAAGAUCAGGUUCGUAAGCUGAAAGAGAAGUCCGUGACAUAUCGACUCGAAACACAGGAUCAUAUGAUUGAAUACAAAUGUAGAACAGAGUCGAAGAUGCGUGUCCUUGAGAGUAACAUCCGAAAAGCAGAGACUGAAAUUUUUCGACUGGAUGGCUUGGUAGAAAAGAUUAGACUCGUCCUUCACCAGUAUGAUGACGUAAUACGAAGCUGCCCGGAGUUGAACAAGUUGCUUUAUUUUCUAGAUGGCGAAGAUAUUCAAUAAGACACUCACAUGUACUUUACAUCCAUAUUCGUCCGUGUUCAUUUUUACUAUUAAUGCCGAUUAAUAUAAUUUUUCAGAUUUGUAUUUAGUCUUUCUUCGCUUCCGAGUUCGUACGAUUCCUUCUGAUUGACAGUUCCUUCUGAUGUUGGAUCUUUUCUGACUGAUUUUGUAAAAGAAAAGUUUAUCGAUGUAAGAUGAAACUUAACACAAGCCAUAAGAAAUAUUCAUUUCCUAGUUUUAAUUUUUUUCCUUUUCCCGGCUCGAAACUAUUCCCAUCUCCUUGUGAAGAAACUUCUCGAUAAAAAAUAGAUAAAUAAAAGUAAUAAUAAAAGUACAAUAAACACCGACUUAG